CCUGUUGUAGAGGAGGAGGAGGAAGAGGAUUAUGAAGAUGAAGACGUUGUCAAUGUGGUAGGAGCGACGACAGCGGACGAUUAUCUUCGUGUGGGGACAGUCGGGUCAUCCGAAUUUGGCCCGACACAACCGAUGUCUAAACGUGGCUCCCUGGAUUCCGAAACCAACACCACAAACGGACGUGAUCGUUCCUCAGUGUCCAUCACGGGCGCAACUGGGACUAGUGAUUCCUCCCAGUCUCGCGAGUUUCAAGGAAUCGGUGAUAUCCCAACCGGUACGGAUGCCGCAUCAAAUCAUCGAAAGAAACGAAAACGCGCUCCUCGUAAAACUGAUGAAGUUGCCGUAGUUGUUGGUUCCAACUCAUAUGGGCUGACAGAACAGCCGAAAUCUGACAAUCCACUAGUCUGA